CUGUUUUUAGUUUCAUCUCUUCUUUUCUUUAUUUACCUUUAUUGCUUCAUUCUCCAGGCCUCAACACGAACCACCCAUAGUGGCGCAGAUAAGCAGUCUUUAACUGGUUCCCACCAGCCUUCAAGUAUUACAAAGCAACCAGAAAUCGUGUAUUCUUCUGACCUAUUCCAGAACCUUAGACAAAACCAGCUGUCAUCGACAUCGUCAAGCCUGCAACCUGAUCUUUCUUCGUGUAUUCCUUCUACUUAUAUUUCCUUGCCUGGUCCUUUGCUACUUCCUUCUGGUUUGGCAUUGACAGGCACAGCACUUUUGCCUGAUUCUAAUUUGCCUACCUCGGAAGUAGAACAAAGUAACUUCCAUCGUCUUGGCAGUGAAUAUAUGUUAGGUGCUUCGGUUGGACAAUCCGGAUCGCCACCUGGCUUCCUUUCCCCCUUUGCAGUCGACCACUCUGCCAAGAUCACCACUCCACCUCCGCCUUUAUCGAAACCAUCCCAAAUUUCUCCUCACUUCGUUAUCCAUCCGACGAAAUCCUCUCAUGGUUCUAGAGGUGACGCAGCCUCAAGUCUCGCACCACUUCUUUUAAUCACAAGCCCCUCUAAAGUUACUCCCGCAAUAGAUUCUCCUAUCUUUGUUAAAGGUUUACCGACUAUCCUUAUAAAUUCCGGGUCUAUCCUUGAAACUACUCCUCCUACUUCGAUUUCCAAUGCAUCUACAUCAUUUACCACAUCUGCUUCCUCUUGUGCUACG